AUAACUUUGAAAUUAAAGUCACUGAAAAUUCAGACGAACGGGUAUUUGGAUUGAAGAUGCUAUUUCAAAAAAUUAUUUUAAAUAUUAUGAAUACAACCAUUUCAGAAAUAUCCAAGAAAUUGAUUUCGGAAAUUUUAAAAAAGUUUAUCGUGCAAACUGGAAAGAUUCUCGAAAUCAUUUAGCGUUAAAAUCUUUUUCUAAUCAAUAAUGUCACAACCAAAGAAAUCGUUAAUGAACUUAAACGUCAAUAUGAAAUGGAUUUUCAUGAAAAUAUUAUUCGUUUUUGUGGUAUUACUAUAAUAGAAAACCAAGAUGAUGAUUCAAAAAAUUAUUGGUUAGUAAUGGAAUAUGCUGAUAAUGGUACUCUACGAAACUAUUCAAAAGAACAUUUUGAUAGUUUAAAUUGGGACAAUAAGUUAAAUAUUGCACUUCAAUUAGCUCGUGCUGUAUCAUCUUUACAUGAAAAAGAAAUUGUGCAUCAUAAUUUGCACUCAAACAAUGAAUUAGUUCAUCAAGGGAUUAUCAAAUUAACAGAUUUUGGAUUAUCAAAAAAAAUUGAAGAAUCAACCAAUCUUCAAUCAAAUUUCUUUGACAUGGUUGCUUAUAUUAUUGAUCCAAAAUUAUUUGAACAAAAAAGAAUCAAUAAUCACCAAAUACCAUUAUAUUUAUUGAACAAAAAGAGUAAUAUUUAUAGCAUUGGUGUAUUCUUGUGGGAAAUAUCUAGUGGUCAGUCAUCUUUUUACAAUGAAUCAUCUGAUACAUGUUUGGAUUUGAAAAUUUUACAAGGUCUUAGAGAAAAACCCGUCGCCAAUACUCCUAUAGAUUAUGUAAAAAUUUAUAUUGAUUGUUGGAAUCAUGAACCAGAUAAUCGUUCGAUUAUUAGUGAUGUUAUUGCUAAAUUAAAUGUAAUAAUUUUAAAUAAAUUGUCAAGUAAACAACCACUUAAUAAUUCAUUACAUGAACUUAUUUAAAAUGUUAAUAAAAUAAGUAUAAAAGAAAUAGAACCAUCAAUAUCAUUGUAUGAGAAUGAUUUUCAAAUAGUAGUUGAUGAUUUAGUUGCUCUUAUUGAUAAUUUAGAACAAGAAACUG